UACGCCUGUGCUUGAUAGACUAGGUAAAUAUAAAAAAAAAGCAGUAAAUUAUUGUCCAUCUCACAUCAGGAAAAAAAAUAGCUAAUGAGGGUAUCAGAGCAGAAUACAUGACACCUUCAUUUCCGCCAAUUACUUUCCCUAAUCAUUGGUCUUUGGUUACAGGCUUAUACCCAGAAGCACAUGGUGUUGUAGGCAAUUACUUUUAUGAUGCUUCUUAUAACGAUAGUUUUUAUUACAAAAGCCCUGAACACAGUUGGGAUGAAAAAUGGUGGGGUGGUGAGCCUGUAAGAAUAAGAAAAAAAUAGCAGAAAUUUAUGUAUGUAUUUUAGAUCUGGAUUACAGCUGUACGACAAGGGAAAAAGUCAGGUGUGAUUAUGUGGCCUGGUUGCAGUACAGAAUUUAACAAGAUGCGUCCUAGCUAUACUGUUCCUUAUAGUGACUAUGUGACAUUUGAUGAAAAAGUCAACCAAGUGUUUGAUUGGUUUGAUUUACCACUUGAAGACAGGCCUCAGUUUAUAGGUUUGUAUGUGCCUCAAAUUGACCAAGCAGGACAUGCUUAUGGCCCUUAUGCAAAUGAGACAAUCACACAAUUAAGAUUAGCUGAUAAAAGUAUCGGACGAUUACUUGAAGGUUUAGAAGAACGAAACUUGACUGAUAUUGUGAAUGUCAUGAUUGUCAGUGAUCAUGGCAUGUCAGAAUCAGAUAAAUCUCGCUUGAUUUACUAUGACGAUGUCUUGACACCAGAAGAAUUGGACUUGAUUUGGCGCAUUGAAGCAGAACCUACUUUGGGUAUUCGUAUUCGACCCGAAUUAGAUGAGGCCACCAGUGUUGAGAUUCUGUAUCAAGCCUUCAAGCGAUUAUACAAUUCACUCGAAACACCUCAUUUUGAAGUCUAUAAACGUGAGGACUUUCCUAGUCGAUUCCAUUUCCGAGAUAAUAUUCGUAUUCCUCCUUUGCUUGUCUUGCCUGAUCCUGGAUGGAAUUUUGUCACGCACAAACAGUUUGAUCCUCAUCAGGGUGUUAGUUAUCAACCAAGAGGAGUACAUGGCUAUGAUAAUUUAUCGCCAGAGUCAAGAGCCAUCUUUGUUGCUCGAGGACCAUCACUUCCAAACGGUGGUCAAACCGUAUCGCCUUUCUGGAACGUAGAACUCUAUAAUGUGAUGGCACGGAUUUUAAACUUGAAACCUACCAGCAACAAUAAUACCUUAAAUGGUGUGCUUGAAUUAGAACAAUAAACAGUAAUCACGGCCCUUUUUUUUCUUCUCGUCAGACACCAUCUGGUACCAUCAAACAACAACAUGCGUUAGAUAUGGGACUAUAAACUAAAAAAGUAUAUAGUGUUUGUGCAUCUCAAUAUGACCAUUUUGAGUCUAUAAACAAUAAAUAUUACUGUUGUAAUCUUUUUUGUUCUGUAUAUAAAAAGCCUUUUUUUUCUAUUCUUUUUGUUGCUUCCUUCACUUGCUUAUCAC